ACUAGGGUUGGUCAUUGACGUUAACUGUUCUAUAUAUCUAGGAGCACAUUCUGUAGGACUUCUGAGCUGUACACAAGAUGAAGAUUGACAUCCAUAAUCAUAUUCUGCCCAGGGAAUGGCCUGAUCUGAAGGAGAGGUAUGGAUACGAUGGGUUUGUCCAGCUCCACCAUCACUGUAAGGGAGAAGCCAAAAUGAUGAAGGAUGGGAAGGUUUUCCGUGUAAUUCAGGAGAACUGCUGGGAUGCUGAGGCUCGGAUACGUGACAUGGAUGAACACGGUGUAACAGUUCAAGCUCUGUCUACAGUGCCUGUAAUGUUCAGCUACUGGGCUAAACCUCAGGAUACGCUGGACCUGAGCAGGAUUCUGAACGACGACCUGGCGGCCACUGUGAGCCGAUAUCCGAAACGUUUCGUGGGCCUUGGCACCCUCCCCAUGCAGGCGCCUGAGCUAGCCGUGCAGGAAAUGAAGCGCUGCGUAAAGGAGCUAGGAUUCCCGGGAGUGCAGAUUGGCUCACAUAUCAACAACUGGGACCUCAACGCACGUGAGCUGUACCCUGUUUAUGCUGCUGCUGAGGAGCUAAAUUGUUCAAUAUUCGUGCACCCAUGGGACAUGCAGACAGAUGGGAGAAUGGCAAAAUACUGGCUGCCAUGGCUAGUUGGUAUGCCUUCAGAAACUACAAUGGCAAUUUGCUCCAUGGUCUUUGGUGGCAUUUUUGAAAGAUUCCCAAAGCUAAAGGUUUGCUUUGCUCAUGGAGGUGGUGCUUUUCCCUAUACGAUUGGACGAAUCGAGCAUGGAUUUAAUGUGCGGCCAGACCUAUGUGCUACAGACAACAGAAUCAAUCCACGCAAAUACUUGGGAUCAUUUUACACUGAUUCUUUGGUCCAUGACCCUCUCGCUCUUCAGUUACUCAUUGAUGUUGUAGGAAAGGAUAAGGUGAUGUUAGGAACAGAUUACCCAUUUCCACUUGGAGAACUAGAGCCUGGAAUGUUGAUAGAAUCCAUGAGUCAAUAUGAUAGCACACUAAAGGACAAACUCCUGGCAGGAAAUGCUCUUGAUUUUUUAGGUCUUCAGAGAAAACAUUUUGAGUGAUGUGCAAGGGAAAAUGUAUAGCAGUCAGAAAAUAAAUAUAGGGGUGAGAUUUAUCAGUCAUGAAAAGUUGUGCAAAGGCAAUGUUAAUUACAUCUAGCACAGACUAUAUAGCCAAUGGUACAGUAUGUGGACACCUAACCAUAAGCUUGUUGUGACAUCCCAUUGCAAUACAGAAACUCCAUAAUUAUAGAGCCGCCAAAGGAGCAUUUGUGAGAUCACACACUAAUGUUGGGUGAGAAAGACUAGCUUGCAAUCAACAUUCCAAUUUAUCCCAAAGCUGUUUAAUGGGGUUAUGUUGAGGUUCUGAACAGUCACAGGGGUUCCUUUACACCAAACCCAUCACAUCAUGUAUUUAUGGGCCUUGUGCACAGGGGUAGAGUCAUGCUAAAACAGGAAAUAAAUAAAAAGCUGUGAAUUAACUGCCUAAAUACAAAAAAUGAAAGUAGGGUCCACAUACCUUUGGCCAUAGAACAACCUGACACCUGUACCUCUGUUAUUUCAGAGGAAGUCCACAUUCUCAACAUGCAAAGUUCUUACAAUAAAAAACAACACAAAUAA